AUGGGGUUUUGUGCCUGGGUAACCGGAGGGGUCGUGGCUGGCACCCUAGAUCUGGAGCUGAAAGGGAUCUUGGGGGCUGUCUUUCUAGCACUGGGAUCUUUGGUAUCGGGGGCCCCUCUGGUGGUUUGUGAUGUCUAUGUCACUCUAGGCAGCGUGACUUGUCACGUCUCUGAUCUCGUCCCUGGUGGGGAGGGGACAAAGGCCCAGGAACGAGGUUUUAGCCAACUCGGGCUCCGCCACUGGGAUGGAGUACGGAGCACAGAGGCCUCGACGGACAAGCUACCCUCGUGGGGCAUUAUGGGAGACGGGAGGGGGAGAAGGGAGAACCGUAGGCGGAGGCGCCGCAAUGCACGCUGGCCAAUCGCGGCGCGCGGCGGCGGUGGGGGCCGAGCGGCGGCGGCCAAUGGAGUCCUCGGGGGCGGGCGGGCGCAGAGAGGCGCCGCCGGGCGGGGGCCAGAAGCACGAAGAAGACCCAAGAUGGCGGCGGCGGCGGCAGCUGCGGGAGCCCCGGCUGUGGCGGCGGCCGCGGCGGGUUCGGGGGCCGGCGGAGCGGCGUCGGCGGCCGGCUCGGGCUCGGGCUCGGGCGGCGGGGCCGGGGGAGCGGCGUCGGCGGCGGGCUCGGGCGGCUCGGGUUCGGGCGUGUUGAUCGGGGACCGGCUGUACUCUGGCGUGCUCAUCACGCUUGAGAACUGCCUGCUGCCCGACGACAAGCUGCGCUUCACGCCGUCCAUGUCGAGCGGCCUGGACCCCGACACCGAAACCGGCCUGCGCGUCGUGGGCUGCGAACUUAUCCAGGCGGCCGGCAUCCUGCUGCGCCUGCCGCAGGUGGCCAUGGCUACAGGGCAGGUGUUGUUUCAACGGUUCUUUUAUACCAAAUCCUUUGUGAAGCAUUCCAUGGAGCAUGUAUCAAUGGCCUGUGUUCAUCUGGCCUCCAAAAUAGAAGAGGCUCCAAGACGGAUAAGGGACGUAAUUAAUGUGUUUCAUCGACUUCGUCAUUUGAGGGAGAAAAAGAAACCUGUACCUCUGCUGUUGGAUCAGGAUUAUGUUAAUUUGAAGAACCAAAUUAUAAAGGCUGAGAGAAGAGUUUUGAAGGAGUUGGGGUUCUGUGUCCAUGUAAAGCACCCUCAUAAGAUAAUCGUUAUGUACCUUCAGGUGUUAGAAUGUGAGCGUAAUCAACACCUGGUCCAGACCUCAUGGGUAGCCUCUGAGGACUCCUUGUUGAAAUGGGACAAUUUGGAAACGAUUCUUUGAUAAACCUGCGAAGAGGAUUUCACUUUGGGUAUUGAGCCUUCCUCUGCAUGAUGUUCCCAUAUAUCCGAAUUACACACAAGGGCGUUUUUCCCA